CAACUCUGUACAAACUGUUGGAUGACAACAGGAUGAAUGUCAACUGAAAAAAAUACUUAUAAUAAGCAUGUAACAUCAAGUUUUAUUAUAAAAAGUGAGAAGAUACACCAUGAUCUAACAAGUAACAAAAGAAUAAGAAGAUGAAUAUCUAUAGAAAUUAGGAUCAAACAGGCAUGAGAUAGUUGAACAUCAUGGAUACCAGUAUCAGUGGUCACUCUUCCACCUCUGAAAGGGAUGACAUUGAAUGUCAGCUACAAUAUGAAAAUGUAGGAUCUGUAAUGUUCCAAAAUGAAAUGCAUGCUGGGAAUUUUCUGAAGGAAAUGAACUUACUGUAUGAAGAUGAUUUGCUGAAGGAUAUCACUCUUUGUGUUCAAGGUCAAUCAUUGUCUUGUCACAAGGUCGUCUUGGCUGCUGCAAGUCCUUAUUUCAAGGCCAUGUUUACAUUAGAUUUAAACGAAAGUAAACAAUCACUUAUUGAGCUACAUGAAAUAGAUUUUGAAUCUGUUAGUUUUAUUGUUGACUAUUCUUAUACUGGUUCCAUAAAUAUUCACCAGGAAAAUGUACAGAAUCUAUUAGGAGCUGCUUCCCUGUUUCAGAUUUUACCAGUGCAAAAAGCUUGUGCCAAAUUUUUAGAAACACAAGUUGAUAAUUCUAACUGUAUAGGUAUAUUCAAUUUUGCACAUAUUCAUAAUUGUGAUAGUCUAAGACUAAAGGCUAGAGAACAUAUUGAGAAAAAUUUUACAGAAGUUUGUCGAGGAGAAGAAUUUUUAUGUCUGUCAUUAGAUAAAGUAGAAGAUUUGAUAUCAAGUGAUGAAUUGAAUGUUGAUCGUGAAGAGAUUGUUUUUGAAGCAGUUAUGACAUGGAUUUCAGAGAAAGAAGAAGAUAGACGAUCUUUUAUUGGUGGUUUGCUGCCCCAUAUUAGACUUGGACUUCUAUCUGUCAAAUAUCUGAAAGACAAUGUCAUGAACAAUAAAUAUAUUCAGGAUUCUGAUACUUGUAUUAAUCUUCUAGAGAGUUUGAUUAAAUUAGAAAGUAAUCCUGAACUUUAUUGUGGCAAACACAAUUUCAGUCUGGCCUUGAGGUCUGGAAUGAUUAAACCAGAACAUUGUAUUCUUUUUGUAGGAGGGACUGAUCAUGGUCGACGGAACACUUCUAUCAAUUGUUACAAUCCAUUAACUAGAGAAACAUUUUAUAUGGAAGAUUAUCCAACUGCCAAACGCUUAGGAGAUUAUGAAGUAGAAGAUUUAUCGUGUGUUGUUACCGAACAAGGAAUGUUAUACUCAGGGGGUGGUAACUACAUUUAUCAUGACUUUCCUUCGGAACAUUUCGAUUCUGACGAUUCUUUUGAUGAUUUAGAGGAGAGAAUUGUUAGAAAAGACUUCUACUGCUAUGACAAUGAUCACAACAAGUGGCUAUCCAUGGCACCAAUGCUGUUCCCAAAGUCAAACUUUACUUUGGCAAGCUUGGGCAAGAAAAUUUACUGUUUUGGUGGAGUUACCGAGAACCAACAUCCAACAGAAAUUAUUGAAGUUUACGACAUCGAGAAGAACCGAUGGAGUUAUCAGGGUAUGUUACCUACAACACUUGUAGACUUAUGUUCAGUUGUAUAUGAUGAAUAUAUAUUUCUGUUAGGUGGUAGAACAGGUGUUGGUGCUCAUAAUCUUGUCGUAAUGUACCACCCAACAAAAGGAAACUGGAUUUCCAGAGCAGGGAUGCCAACUCCACGAUUUAAAUUUGGUGCAUGUUUGGUGCAUGGUGAGAUUUACGUAGCUGGAGGCCAGAUUUACUCGCAUGCCUCCCAGACAAUAAGUAGAGAAGCUCUGAAAUCAGUAGAAAUAUUUAAUAUAUCAGACAAUCAGUGGCGACAGGGUCCAGAUUUACCAGACGAAAUGUACAAUGUAGGACUAAGCAUGGUGAAUGGUGCUCUAUAUUGUUGUGGGACGGUAGAAUAUAGAAGAUUAACCAGAAUAUGUCGUUAUAACAUUGUGUGUAAACUUGACUUUGCGACAAAUCGUUGGACCAUUAUAGAACAAUUGCUGAGUACUUGUCAGAACUUCCAUUGUAUAUCAGCAAGACUCCACACACGGAAACUAUCACAAGUCUUCCGACCUGAUGUUGAUACAUAGCCUCAAAUAUACAUUAGGAAGAAUUUUUUAUUUUUCAAUAUGUACAACAAACUCUGUUCUUAAAUAGUUUUCAUUUAAGCUGUUUCUGUAUAAACAAUGAUAAAAAAUCUAUGUAUUCCUUGCACAUUUUUACAUCUACAUCAAGAAAAGGUAUAAAAAGUUAAAUACAUUUCUUGCAUUUUUAACAGUCAUAACAAAGUUAUGCAGCUCUUGAUUAUUUUUACCCGUUUAAGACGAUUACUUUUACUCGUUUAAGACAAAUUAAGGUUAAAAUGUAAUCCUAAUAGAAGAUUUAACAUACAUGAGAUAUAUAUUGAAGUCAAAAAAAUUUUAAAACAUGACUCAUAGAACUUACAAAAUGUACAUGUACCUGUUUUAUUUUUCAAAUUUCAUUUGAAAUUGAUUGUAAAUCGGUAGAAUUUGAUGGUAAGAAUUUUUAUUUUUCUGCACUUAUUUCAACAUAACCAUGAUAACUAGAACUUUUUCUUUUUGCAAUUGCUGGAAUUUUUUCCCAGUUGCUUAUUUGGAAAGAAAUAAUUCAAAUUGUGACUUGAAAAUGUUUUUUUUUCUUUCUUAAAGUCGGAUGAUUUAUCUUGUAUGACUAGAUACAUUUGAAUUUGAUCUAGUCAUGGUAGUCUUUUUUCAUGUUUAUUGGAGAAUUUGAAACUAUAACAAAACUAAGGUGCCAAAUGUGUAAUUAAUCUUGUGAAUGACUUUAAUUUGAAAAGAAUUGGAUAAUGACCAUUAGGAAUGUACUGGUACAAGGUAUUCAGUGGUAUUGAUUAUCUAUUUAACAUGUUUAAAUUAUAGGCCAAGUAAAAAGAUAUGUCUGUUUAGGGUAAGUUAAGUUGGUACAUGUAGGUAAAUAAAUACUUAUAUAUAUAAUAUAGGUUGAUUGAUUGAUUUAUUAUAGUUCAACACCAGGUCAGCUCACAUAUAGACUGUAAACGGGAUCAAUUUGGAAUUAAAGCAAGCACAAACAUACCACAUCUCCUUAUUUUAUAUUAAAUGACCUCCUGAUGGAACAGCCUGUUGAAUAAAUUGUUAAUUUCCUAUUGUUUUGAAUAUGCAUGAAAUAUUUGCCACUGAACAAACGAUCAAUGAAUGAAUCAAUUUAUAUUUGACUUAACCUGUACUUGUUUUUUAGAAUCUUUGUAAGUUGUACAUGUCUGUUUUACUUGGUCUAGCUGAUAUUGGCCUCACUUUCAUGGUUUAUCAAUCAAAAUUUGUUCAGUUUCUUAAUUUAAUUAAGUUUUGAAUAAGACUUAGAAAAACUGUAAUAUUUCAUUUAUUGUCUGUUAAAUGUAUCUGUGGUAGUUUUUUGUCUUCUGUAAUUCUUAAAGGAUUGAUACUUUCUCGGACUGAUUGAUAAUUAUAUUUUAAUCAACAUGUGGCUUGUUUGAUCUCAGUUGUUGAUUGGUCAAAAUUCAAUUAUGACGUCAAAUUUCUUGAUUUACUCUGAAUUAACUAUUGUGAUAUAUCAUGAAAAAAGCCACCAUGCCUGAUGACGUCAAUUAAAUAGAACACAUCUUUUUGAAGAUCAUUGAAAAAGAAAGAAAAAGUGUGCAUACAUAUUUUCUAAAAAUCAUUUAAGAAACAGACACCACCAUGGAAUCUUAUGCAAUAUGAUAAUGACAUGUAUGAUAUUUCUACACUCUUGACAGUUAAAUUCCAAAGACAUUAUAUUAGAAAUAAUCAGCAAGCCUCUCAUUUCAAAUUUGAAAAUUGAACUCUCUUGAGUUGAGAAAUAUAGUAUCAAUCUCAAUGCAGUGGUAGAAUCUAUAUUUCAUUUAAAUUGGAUUCAUGUUAAUCUGACUUUUAUCCUAUAGAUUUUUAUGAUAUUCAGUCGUGAUGAUUAAUUAUGCGGGCAAGACAUUACUAUGCAUCCACUGUUGUUUAUUUUGACAUAUUAUUUCCUUUACUGUCACUGCCUAAGACUUAAUUGUCUUUUUGGGAGAUGCAUUUUUUUUAUUGCAUUUAAGAAUAAAUAUCAGAGUGUAUUUUAGAAUAAUUAGGCUAUAAUAAUACUGUAAAUUAGAUGUGGCUUGUUGAUAUAAAUGUAAAUUGUGUGGCCUAAAUACAAUUUUUUUUAUCAGACUUUCCAUUUAUAUAACUAGAUUCAUAUGAUUUUAUUGUAUUGCAGUACAUUUUUCACAAAACUAUUCUGAUUGAUUCAAAAUUUAUAAAACGUUGCUUUAUAAUGGGAGAUAACUCAGUUGAUUGAGUUUUUAUAAAAGACUGUAUUGAAAAAUUAUCUAAUUUAUAAUGUUGUGGGAAAACACGUUUUCAUUCUACUAACAUGAGUGCUGUCUUGUGUAUAAUAAUUACAUAAUAUGAGAAAUUUUGUAUAGCUUUUACUAGCCCGAAAACAAGCAUGGUGACCUAUACUUUUUUUUUAUUGUACCUGUAUCUAAAAAAAAAAUAUAUAACUACAUUUUGUAAAGCAUACACAAAUUUGAAUCCAAUAAAACUUAAAUUAAGUCAUUAGGUAAAAUUCAGUAAUUUUUUUGUUUACCUAGAAUGCAAUAGAGAAUUUUUACCUACAGAAUUUGAUUCUCAAAGAAGCUGCCUUUCACAGAUGGAAAUAUUAGGACCUUACGAUCUUCCUCACUGUUUAUACAGGGUGCAUAUGUCUCAUGAAAAGAUUUGUAGUAUCAUCAAUACUUAAGCAGAUUCAGACUGGCUCUAGUCAAGGUGCACUUUAUAAUAAGUGUUGUAAUUGCCACAAGAUUUUGUAGUUAGCCCCUGACAUUCUGGCUUAUAACACCUAUAAAACUGACCACUAUGAAAUUGUACAAAUUAUUAUAUAAAUGGUAUUUACCUCUAACAACAAACAAACAAUUAUCUCUCUAGGGAUAAGCUUUGGGUGUUUCUAAACAAUUCAAUGGUUUAUAGUGUGCUAUUUUUUUCAUUUUCCCUAGUGCUUCCAUAAUCAUAUUGUUGUUAUAAAAAAUUUUUGCCAAAUUUUUAUGUCUGAUAUUUUAUGCGUUAUAAAAAAAAGUUUGCAUCCUCUACUUUUAACUGGAUAAAAUGAUUGCACAUGUAUGGUAAUUAGGUGGAGAUUCCCUUAACAUUGAUUUCCUUUAUAAUCCUUACAAACAAUGAUAAUUUUGCACAGCUAGUUAUAGCUAGAAAACAAGCAUGGUGACCUAUACUUUAAAUGACACCUUUAUUUUUGAAAAUAAAUAUGUAGACCUUACUGAGAAGUCAGAAUGAUAUGGUUUGAUUUACAUUUGUAUUUGUUGUUGUUUGUCAACCUGUUAGUGUAUCUGCUUUAUCUCCAUGUGUACACACUGUUUACUUCUAAGAAUAAUGUCAACUUAGUAAAUAAUAUUUCUGUGGAUUUGAUAUUAUUCCAGAGGAACUAAUUUUGAGAAUUUCUUUAGUAAAGGUGAACCAGAUGUUAGCAAUUUCAACAUUCUACAAAAUUCAAAUUGGAUUGCAUGCAUGAAAAUACAUUUUCUCCUUAAUCCAUGAAAGUUGCCCAGACCCAUAUUGAACCUCUAAGGCAACACUCAUCAUAAAAAAAAAAAAUUAUAUAAAGUGUUCAGCCUUUUGAUAUUAUGGAAGCCUUACUAAGAACUUAAUUCUAAAAUGAUUAAAAAUACAAGUAUAAAUUGAAGUUCUUUUGGUGAUUUUUUAGCUGAAAUGUCAUUUUGCUGUGAGAAGAAUUAAGAUCUAUGAGGGUCUGAAUGGGGUUUACAGAAUAGAGAUUAAUUGUCCAAUCGAAUAAAAAUAAAAAUAGAGAAUACUGGGUAAACAAAUAAAGAGUAUUGAAAAAUAGCUUAAAAUAUCAAGAAUACAGAAAUCAAGACCCCAUCCAGACCCUCCUCUAUUAUUCAAAAUAACAUUACAAUAGCAUUCCAAAAUAUAACAGAUGUCUGUCCUCUUAGUCUUUCAUUAAAAAGAAGCAAAAUCUUGCUGACACAUUUUCAAAAUGAUUUUAGUGAAGAAUGUUGCAAGUCUUCAGGUUGUCAGCUUAUCAAUUGUAAACCUACUUUGGUAAUGUAUUUUAUUUUUUUCAUGCUGUCAAACAUUUUAGACAUAUGUUAUAUUUGUAAUACAUGUACCAUCAAACAAAACAUUAAAUGAGAAAAAUUAAAGAA